UAAGAUGGGAAUUCUGACUAGCUCGAUUUUGUCUCUUAGAAAUGGAGUCUGAGGAUAUAAGUGGCAGGGAGUUGACAAUUGAUUCCAUCAUGAACAAAGUGAGAGACAUUAAAAAUAAGUUUAAGCAUGAAGACCUGACUGAUGAGCUGAGUUUGAAUAAAGUCUCUACUGAUACCACAGAUAAUUCGGGGACUGUUAACCAAAUUAUGAUGAUGGCAAAUAACCCAGAGGACUGGCUGAAUUUGUUGCUCAAACUGGAGAAAAACAGUGUCCCCCUAAGUGAUGCUCUUUUAAAUAAGCUGAUUGGUCGUUACAGUCAAGCAAUUGAAGCACUUCCUCCAGAUAAAUAUGGCCAAAAUGAAAGUUUUGCUCGAAUUCAAGUGAGAUUUGCUGAAUUAAAAGCCAUUCAGGAACCCGAUGAUGCCCGAGACUACUUUCAGAUGGCCAGGGCAAACUGCAAGAAAUUUGCCUUCGUGCAUGUAUCUUUUGCACAGUUUGAACUAUCACAAGGUAAUUUCAAAAAGAGUAAACAACUUCUUCAGAAAGCCAUAGAACGUGGAGCAGUACCACUAGAAAUGCUGGAAAUUGCCCUACGGAAUUUAAACCUCCAAAAAAAGCAGCUACUUUCAGAGGAGGAAAAAAAUAAUUUAUCAGCAUCUACAGCAUUAAAUGCCCAAGAAUCAUUCUCCAGUUCCCUUGGACAUUCACAGAAUAGGAACCUUGGUUGUGAUUCCAGAGGCCAGGCUGCUAAAGCCAGGUUUUCAUAUGGAGAGAACAUGCCCCCACAAGAUGCAGAAAUAGGUCAUCGGAAUCCCUUGAAACAAAGCAACAAAACUAAACGGUCAUGCCCAUUUGGAAGAGUUCCAGUUAACCUUCUAAAUAGCCCAGAUUGUGAUAUGAAGACAGAUGGUUCAGCUGCUCCAAGUUUGAUAAAAAGACAGACCGCUAAACCAGAAUGCCGGAAUUUGGUUGUCCCUGGAUCCAAAUCAAGUGGAAAUGAUGCUAGCGAAUUGAGAAACUUGAAGUCUGUUCAAAAUAUUCAUUCCAAAGAAACUCUGGUGUCAGAUGAAAAGAGUUCUGAACUUACUACUGAUUCAAUAACACUGAAGAAUAAAAUAGAACCAAGUCUUCUAACUAGAUUAGAAGAAGCGAAAGUGCACCAAGAACCAAAGGUUCCAGAGAGUCACCAGAAACAGUGGCAAUCCAAAAGGACGUCGGAAUGCGUGAGCCAGAAUCCAGUUGCGUCCUCAAAUCCGUGGCAGAUUCCAGAGCUAACUCCAAAGGUUGAUACAGAGCAGAAACAUACCAUUUUUGAGCAACCUGUCCUUCCAGUUUCAAAACAGUCACCACCAGUAUCAGCACCGAAGUGGUUUGAUCCAAAAUCUAUUUGUAAGACACCGAGCAGCAAUACCUUAGAUGAUUACAUGAGCUGCUUUAGAACUCCAGUGGUAAAGAACGACUUUCCGCCUGCUGGCCAGCUGUCCACACCUUUCGGCCACCUUGCCUGCCUCCCGCAGCCACAGCAACAGACCCCGGCGACGCCACUUCAGAGCUUACAGAUUUCGGCAUCCUUGUCAACAAAUGAGUGCAUUUCAGUUAAAGGAAGAAUUUAUUCCAUAUUAAAGCAGAUAGGAAGUGGAGGUUCAAGUAAGGUAUUCCAGGUGUUGAAUGAAAAGAAACAGAUAUAUGCUAUAAAAUAUGUGAACUUAGAAGAAGCAGAUAAUCAAACUAUUGAUAGUUACCGGAACGAAAUAGCUUAUUUGAAUAAACUACAACAACACAGUGAUAAGAUCAUCCGACUUUAUGAUUAUGAAAUCACAGAUCAGUACAUCUACAUGGUAAUGGAGUGUGGAAAUAUUGAUCUUAACAGUUGGCUUAAAAAGAAAAAAUCCAUCAAUCCAUGGGAACGCAAGAGUUACUGGAAAAAUAUGUUGGAGGCAGUUCACACAAUACAUCAACAUGGCAUUGUUCACAGCGAUCUGAAACCUGCUAACUUUCUGAUUGUUGAUGGAAUGCUAAAGCUAAUUGAUUUUGGGAUCGCAAACCAGAUGCAACCAGAUACAACAAGUAUUGUUAAAGAUUCUCAGGUUGGCACGGUGAAUUAUAUGCCACCAGAAGCAAUCAAAGAUAUGUCUUCCUCAAGGGAAAACGGGAAAUCGAAGUCAAAGAUCAGCCCCCAAAGCGAUGUUUGGUCCUUAGGAUGCAUUUUGUACUAUAUGACCUAUGGAAAAACACCAUUUCAGCAUAUAGUUAAUCAGAUUUCUAAGUUGCAUGCCAUAAUCGACCCUAAUCAUGAAGUUGAAUUUCCUGAUAUCCCAGAGAAGGAUCUGCAAGAUGUGUUAAAGCGUUGUUUAAUAAGGAACCCUAAGCAGAGGAUAUCCAUUCCUGAGCUCUUGGCGCAUCCCUAUGUCCAAAUUCAAACUCAUCGAGAUCAUCAAAUGGCUAAAGGAACCACUGAAGAAAUGAAGUAUGUUCUGGGCCAACUUGUUGGUCUGAAUUCUCCGAACUCCAUUCUGAAGGCUGCUAAAACUUUAUAUGAACACUACAGUGGUGGUGAAAGUCACGAUUCUUCAGCAUCCAAGACUUUUGGAAAAAAAUAACUGCAGCUCCUCACAAAUUGUCAAAUAACACCUAUAAACUAUAUUGGACUGUUCUACUCUCAAUUUCCUGUGGAAACUCACUCUUGAAGACUUCACUGUGAAAUGUUA